AGACUGGGUUGAGGGGGAGGGGAGGGGAGGGGAGGGGCGGUGGCAGGUAGGUGUGCUGCUCAGUGAACUUCAGCAAUAUCAUAUGUCUUGCUAUGUCGCUGUCCGAAUCUUCUUCUUCGGUUGGGUGUCGUUGGUGGCUUUCCUGUGCGGCUGCCGUGUCCUGUCCGGUUCAUGCGGGAAUGGACACGUGUCGGCUGGGGGAUUCUCAUCAGGGGCUGCGUUCUCUGACUCGCUCGGCGAGGCAAAUGUCGGGCGUCUCAGGAAGUGGACACGUGUCGGUCCGUCGGGGGCGGGACCAGUCUUGUCGGGUUUGCACCCGCAUCCGGAGCUGCCGCUGGCGCGCUCGCCGGUUUUUCUCGCCGGUUCAUGGGCAGUUGUACGAUCACAUGAUCCGUUGAUUGCCAAUACAGCAGUGCCACGUGGACAUUGCCAAUCGGACGUCCGCAACCUCGUUGUUUCCCGCAAUCAUCUGUACUACGUCCUGCAUCAAUGGUGUGCCUCUGCAGACGGUACCAUCACCGAUGACGCUAUGUCCGUCAGAAGCGCCUAUCCAUCCAAGACGAACCCUGGUUCGGACCCGACCAACGGUGACGAAUCCACAGUGAUAAGCUAUUGGUGGCCUUUCAACGAGCCGAACGGGACAAGAGUAGCAGAAGCUAGUAGGAAGUUCACCCGCUCUUCCAUGGCUUACGUAACGGGGGCCGCCAUGUCGAGGAGAGGCUCGCAUCUCGUCCUUAGCGUCAGUAGUGGGGAUGGGGGUUCCAUGAUCACAUCUUUGUCUCUUGCUGACGGUUCUCGAUCUUCUGCCCCGCUCAAUUUCUCGGUCGGCUCUUUAGCGAUGGACCACAGGAGGACGCGUGUGUAUCUCUCGGUCGUCGAAUCUGGCGAUGGCGUGCUCUCCGUCCCGGUGAGAGAGUUCGGCCUGCCUCUGGAGGAGCCCAAGCACGUUGUUGACUAUCACUCGAAGCUGAAUGUGAACGCCACCGGUGUGCAAUUUCAGUAUGAGAGUCUGGUUUCGGACAGCAGCGGUAAUUGCCUCUGCCAUCUGACGAAACUGCCUCAGCGUGCAAGACUCGGAGCGCGAGUGUUUGCGAUCGAUAAUCACGUGAAAUCGUCGCUUAGCACUCUCGCAGCUGACUUGAGGACCGGUCGGGAUCCCGAUGAACAGUCUUUUGUCGCGCGUUUCCCUUUCCCAGCUGCCAUAUUAGCGACAACUGCCGACGGGUGCCGCCUUUUCGCGACCGGACCGAGGGGUGCUGUUCUCGGUCUGACGCUGGGCUCAUCGUGUGCGGAGGCGGCGGUAGACAUGGAAAGAGUUCUGGAGUACAAACGGGCAGCCUUCACGGGAUUAGCUCUUCACGAGGACCACGACGGAGUACGCCUGUUCCUUGGCGCCAGCGAUGGCAAUCUUUUCCAAGCACGAAUCGACACGGGUCGCUUGUGGAGUUGCAAGUCGAAGUCUCGGAGGCUCCAGGAGUCUGGGCCAAGCCCAGGAGAUUUCAAAUCAAGCUUUAACGCGAUAAUCGCAUUUUCUAUUAUUGGCGGUAUCGUCGGCCUGAUCCUCCAAAUCCUAUGCAUCAUAUUCAUCUUCCGACAAUGCAACACGAUAACCCCGGCAGCAGUUGAAUUGGUCAAUCGGUACCCUCCGCAGGCGAACCACAUUGUGGCCAAUCAGCAGCCGCCGCCGUCUUCUACCAAUCAACAAAUUGAAUGGCACAGGUCUCCGGCCAUUGAACAACAAAUGGUCUCGUCCGAUAGCAGCCAACAUCGACCGAUAUUGGCCGCAUCCGGUGAGCAACGACCGACACUGGCCGCGUCCGGUGAGCAACGACCGAUAUUGGCCGCAUCCGGUGAGCAACGACCGGUAUUGCCUCAGCCGACCGCUGUCGACACCUGGGGACUUGACAUGUCGCGCGUGAAGAGCUUUCCCCUGAAAGACCUGACGGAUUGCACUCACGGCUUCAGCGAUGUCUAUCGGGUCGGGGCGGAGGGGGCGUUCGGAAAAGUAUACAGGGCCUCACUCCACGGGGCCGAGGUGGCAAUCAAGGUUAUGAUAGGCGAGCUGACGGACGACAAGCGCAAGCAAUUCAUCUCAGAAGUGAACACUCUCCGCGAACUCAAUCAUGCCAACCUCGUUUCCCUCGUCGGGUACUGUGUGGAGGGAGGGCAUUGCGUCUUGGUGUACCCAUUCUUUGGUGGGGGAAGCUUGCACGACAGGUUGUUCCCCAAGCCAAGCUCCGAGCCGGGUGCAGACCCACCUCCAGAGGAGCCUCCGCGGGCCUUCCGGCCUCUAACCCUUCAGGAACGCAUGAGCAUCAUCUUCCAGGUUGCCAAGGGCCUCUGCUACCUCCACGACGCGGCCAGACCGCCCAUCAUCCAUAGGGACAUCAAGAGCAACAACAUUCUUCUUGGUACCGGUUUUGGGGAGAGGCUCCACACGGUCGUGGCCGAUUUCGGUCUGGCGGCUAUAGGAGAGAGAGUGUUAGGGACUGCGCGCGAGCAUGUUGUCCUGACCUCUCACAUCGGCGGAAGCUUUGGGUACAUGUCCCCAGAGUACAUGCUGAAAGGUGAGCUGUCGGACAAGAACGACGUCUACUCCUUUGGGGUCCUCGUUCUGGAGGUGCUGACGGGUAAAAAGGUCCUUGCACCAGCAGCUUCUGGGGUCGGAUGGCAGACGCUCGUGGAAUGGGUGAGGCCUUUCCUUCAAGAUGGAGAUGAUCCUGGGCCCGUCGUACGAAAGCAGGGUGUGGAGCUGCCCUACGCAAUUCUUGAUCCCUGUUUGAGGGAGCAAGCGGUGGAGGAUCCCAUAAAGCAGAUGGUGAUGGGCRCUAUCAGAUUGGCCUGGCAAUGCGUGCAGUACGAGUACAGAUCGAGGCCAGCCAUGAGGGACAUCGUACAGUACAUUCACAACUUGCUCGUGGAGGCAGGCUGGCACCGCUUGACGGCUAUGACAGAUGUGUCGAGGCUUGUCGACUUGUCCGAACUUCCGGACGGUGACGACGUUGAGUUUCUCUGAGUCACGAACCUGGUCUGCCUGUACUAAUGUUACACUCUCCUUCCUUUUCUGUUAACCAUCUAUAUAUUAUAUUAUAUUAUAUUAUAUUAUAUUAUAUUAUAUUAUAUUAUAUUAUAUUAUAUUAAAGAGAAAACUACGGUGCAGUCAGGGAUUGAGUUUGUAAUUGCACUUGAGGCAAAAGGGCCGGUAAUGCUGAAUGUAUAUGACCUACGUUUCGGGUCCGGUGGGGUCGCGUGGGGGUGUGUUGUAUUCGCGGGCUUGCCUGAACUGCAAUUACAAACUGUUUUCGUGAUUGCGCCGGAGUUACCCCUAUAUUAAAGGAAACUAGUUUGUAAUUGCAUUCGAAACACUGAUUUAGCAGGGGCCGAGUUUCAAUUGCUGUUGAAAGCUGAAACUUGACCUGCCUUUGGGUAGCAGUUCAGUCACGGGCCUGGACCCAUUAGGGAAGUAUUCUACCACUUCUUUCAGGAUUUCGAUCACGUGUGGCCUCGAGUGACAAAGUACGAAUAGAUCGGAUCUCGACAGCCUGGUAGUUUCCAAGCGGGGACUGUAUAGAUGCCUACCUCCCGGCCAACGAGAUGCGUUUGAAAAAAAAAAAAAAAAAGUUGGACUAACUUGGACAUGAUAGCUGGUAGCUUUGCGUGGGCGGGAAGUCUGGAUUUUAUUGGCUCUAAAGGGGGGGGGGUUGAUUUCCAGACAUCGUUUUUCUUUUUUUUGGCUCUGAGAAAUAGAACUCGAAAUGUGAAAUUCGAAUAUUGUGGUGGAUCUGACAGGAACGCUUUGGGGUCUGUCGGAUGGCCUGCUGAAGGCAUCAUGAGAUACAUGGCGAGGAAUGUAUCCCAAUACCCGUUACUUGUUCAAUGUAUCCCAAUA